UACUGUUAGCCGGGCCUCGCUGUCGAUCGCGUUUAGCAGCUGACUUCAGUCUGCCGCUCGCUUGGCUACGAGGCGGACGCACUAGCUCCACUCUGCUCCCCAAUCUCUCUCCAGGUGGAAACCCGUUCGCGAGCGUCGCGCAUGCGCCGUGUGUUUCGUAAUUGCGAUCGCGUCGUGUCCCAGUUUCUUGGCGUUCGCUUUUCAUUUCGUUGCGGUGGAAUCGUUCGACGUUGGCCAACCGAAAUGCCUCUCUGGUAGCUGGCUCGCUCAAGCCGAAUAAUCUAACCCAGCGGCCAAGUGAUGUGCAAUCGACUCGAUCCGCCGACAGGAUUCAGUUUGGGACUAAGACAAAAACAGUAUGAGAUCGCAUGUGGCCGUUUACAGGGCGCCAGAAUCAGCAGCACCACUACCACCGCCGCCCAACUACGCUUCCCUGCGAUAUCACCAGCAUCCGCUGAGCCAUUGGCCGGGUAGCCAGCAUCCAGCUCCUGUGUACAGGCUGCAUCAUGGUCCGCCGUCGGCAUCACCACCCAAUUGGGCAGUUCAGUCGGCCGGCCAACCACCUCAGCCUGCUGGCUAUGGAGUGGUCAAUCAGCAGCGGAUCAAUGAGUGCGCCGGCAUACCGCUCAUCUCGAAUGCCUCCAGUCACCUGUCGCCAGCCCAGCGACAAAGAUUGCUGAGGAAAUCCGCCCUUAAAACAUGCCCAACUUGGCCCCCUGGAGGGGCCACUAUGUCCCAGUUGGCUGCGCAUGCCCAGGGCAUGCCGCUGCUCCAGCACAAUGGCAAGCAGCAUCUCCAGCAACAGCAGCAGCUGCAGCACCACCAGCCACAGCAUCACCACCAUCCUGUGGCCAACAACUGGAGUGCCUAUCAGCCGAUGAGCAGUCAGGCAGGUUUCAAGUUGGUUGACAAAUCUCGAGCCCUUCGCUAUCAGAAUUCGGCACCACCUGUGCUCAGCAGCCAGGAGAAGACGUCCAACAAUGCUGCCAGCCAGGAUCAGGGCACUUCUCCAGCAGAGACCUGUCUGCCGAGAAUCAUUAAACCGAGGAAGCGCCGCAAGAAGGAUCGCAAACCUGGCAAUGGGGUUUUGCUCAAAAUUGAGACGGAUAUGCAACCCAAGAUUAGCAAUCCUCUAGACGGUUACACCGCGAGUGCGGGAGGAUCUUACCACCUACCAUCUGGAAUAUUGCAGCAUGAUCAUACGCACGGUGUUUGCUUCUGCCGAGAAUGUGACCCACUUCGUUCGCUUUGGGAUUACCCGCUCCGGCGAUCGCUUUCCGAUGCCUCUUCCAGCGAGCAAGGAGGCGGAAGCCGGGAGUCCUCCUCCUCCACCUCAUCCACGCACUCAGACAGCUCCUGCGAUAGCUCCAUUUGCAGCCAGAGCCUGCCCAGCUCAUUGGCCUUGCAGGAGGAGACCACCGAGGAGUUCGCUCCCAUUACCGGCGAUAGCAGCCGGGCGGAAAAAGUGGGCGUAAUCGGAUCCCAGCGGAGUCAUCCGAGCGCAGUGACCACACCUUCGCAAUGCCUGAGCGAUGAUUCCGGCUACGGGGAUAUCCUGAGUGGAAUUAACAUUGCCAACGAUCUGUUUGGAAAUUGCUGGCGAGGCGGGAAGCUGGGCAACGCCUCCUCCCUGAUUUCCGCCCAGGCGGAGACGCUGCUCGAUGAGAGUCUGAAUGAGAUAUCACGCAAACUGAUCGAGACCUGCAAUGCGGUAGAUCAGGCUGGAUCGGAGUCGGGAUCGGGAUCGGGAUUUGGAUCGGGUGCAGCCAGCGACAGCGGCUUGGAUAGCGCUGGCAGCCACAACUGCGGAUCGGGUCUUGUCUUUAACUUUGAGCAUUUGAAUCUGACGGAUGCGACGCCCACAGCCUUGGAUUUUCUCGUGGAUUGCAACAACAAUAGCAGCAGCAGCACCACUGCCACCACCACCACCAUUGGCAACAGCAACAGUUUGGGUUUGAUGUGGCACGGGGGAAGGCAGCCUAGUGGAGGUGGCUGCCACGAUGACAGCCAAGUGGCAGCUGCCAAACUGGGACCAGACAGCCGGGCCACACCCACCAGGCUGAUAUUGGGCACGGUGGGUAAGCUGAAGCCAGCGUUUUCCACCAUCUCGUGACGAUGCCAGUGGAAAACUAAUCAAAUCCAAAGCCAUGAAAAUGGGAAACGCGACGAGGUAUCGCAGCCCAGAAAGUGGCUCAUUUUGCGACGAUUUGGAGAAACGUGAGACGAGAUACGGAUGCGUGGGCGCUUUUGGAUUGGGAAAUGUAAAUCUCCUCGAUGGAUUUUUGAAUUUCUACCCAACCCAAGUUGCGCAACCCCAGCGAACGCGACGGAGAAAGAAGAAAACCCAUUAAAUGGAUAUAACGCACAUGUGAGGCGAUCAUCAUCAUCAUCAACAACAACAUCAGCUUCGACGUGAUCGGAGCGAAAAACAAAAGGCCAACGAGUUGACCAAAUGGGCGCAGGCAGGCAAGCAGGCUGUUGGAAGCGAUCCCCGGCUAAAUGGAAACUUAUAUAGACAGGCCGGGACUGGAAACCAUGUACAUACGAAUCCCAGUCCGACUUCCACUUCAACUUUCACUUUCACUGCGGCGGCGGCAGCGACGGCAGCGACGGCGACGGCGUUUUGUAUAUCUGUAUUUUUUAAGACAUUUUUCUUUUCUUUUUCUUUUUGCAAAGACCACAGAUCCACAGAUGACGGAGCUGCGGGUGGGGGUUACGGGAAGGGUGCGACUCUUAUGCAGAUUUUGUGGCGCAAAAAGAAGAAGAAACUGUAGAAAUCGUGUAGAUGUACGAUGUGAACUCUAGAGAUACUUUAACUAUACCCCCAUAUCUCCAUCUACCUUACACAUACAAUUAGUUGUUCAAUUGUUGUUAUUUGUGCAUUAACGUAUUCCAUAGGGCCAACAAAAAAACCUAGCAACCCAAAAUCUGUACUUCCCAAAAUCUGGGAUUUAUAUAGGGGCAUAUGGGGUCGGUCCAUGGGUGUUAAUUUUUAUCGUAGAGCUUAGGCAACGUUCCUACAUGUUAGUUUUGUAUCUUUAUAUAUUUUUUGGGUUCUAUUUGAUUUAAACUGAUUAGUUGGUUUGGUUUUUACUUAGUCCGUAAUCGAAGCGCUACAACGUGAACUUUUAUAGUCGAUAAGUUAUAUUUAUAUUGGGCAAACACAAAAACAGAUUGGAUCUCUAGUGGCUUAUAGCGAUGUUCUACUAAAAGCUUAUAUCUGUGCUUAGGCCCAAAGGGGUCAGCUAAUUUAUUAUUUUAUAAGGAGGUGGAGUUUUCAACAAGCCCUGUUCAGUUUCCUACAUCGAAUAAAGAAACGAAAUACUUAAACGCUCAGAAGAUUCGUUUCGAGCUGAGAACUCAUUCUUUCCAAUUGAAUAUUCAUAAGUUUAAAGUGAGAGUUUCAUUCUCUGCGGCGCUUCAUUCAGUUUAUUCAUAGGUGACCGGUAUCCAUAUCGCGUUAUAUCUUCGAUCUAAGAUUCGCAUUUUCGACUUGUCUGCAAAUUGAGUAUCAUAAAACAGACGAGCGAAGAUCUGGUGCACAAUUAAUUCCAACUGGGAUCGCCAAGCAUAAAAUCUAAAUCUGAAAAUCGAGAGCAGCCCUAGUUACCUGCUUACCUGUGUUGCAGUUAGUCGGCGAGUAAAAGUUUUCGCCUUAUUUUUAAUUAAAAGAAACUCACGAACGCGCAGCGCGCGCAGAAAUUGCUUGAAGUUUUCCGCUCCGCUCUGCUCGACUCCUCUGGCUCAAGUUGGCUCAACUUGGCUCGACUUGGCCUGGCUGAAAUUAACUUGGCUCGAAUCGUGUUGGCUGAGAGUAGCAAUCGCAGUUGUCUCAGCAUCUCGGUGCUGGAAAAUGUCACAGAUUUUCCAUUGGCAGGUUCCGGCAGACAGUUUGUGUUACCAUUCCCCAGAUAGAAAUUACCGCUCGCAGCUAAUUUAUUUAAUUAAUAUUUUCACUAGUUCGUAUUGUGUGCGCUCGCUCCCGCAUUCUUAUUGUAGUGUUUGUGUUUGUUCGUAAGCAUCGUUUUUGCACAAAUAACAAUCCUAUAGUUAACCCGAUCCCAUCAAUACACACACCGCAUUUGUAACCCACACACAACAAAAAAAAAUGAAACACACACACAAUAUGGCCAACUUAUUUAUUUUGAUUAAGCCCGAACGAGAACCCAAUAAAAAGUGUAAACAAAAAUGUCAAACAAAAA